AUGUCGCUGGAUAAGCCAGUCUUCGUCGACCCGGCGCCCUCCGGGAAUUUUGGGCUUCAGGCAGAAGCCAUAGCUGGCAUGGUCAGCGGCUGCGCAGUGGUGGCGGUCGUGGUCCCGAGUCGUGGAGGACACCGGCGGCUGGUGGGAGCGCCGGUGCGGGGCAGCAACCGGCCUCUCCCUCCGCCCCGAAGUGGCCCCUGCGCCUCCCGCCCACUCCUGUGCCCUUUGCACACGGGCCGGCGGAAGCGCCACACGCCGCCUUCCCACAGCGGCCUUUCUGGCACGGUCGCCUCCCGCCUCAGCGGAUGCCCCGGCGAAGUGGCGGUGCUGAGGCACCGUUCCUGGUUGUGCCGGAUGCGCAAAAGCCUGGUGCGGCGCUGGCCCUUCUCGUCCUCAGCGCUGCAGCAUGGCGCCUCGGGCACAAACAGGCGGACUGUUCUCCCGUGGGUGCGGCACGGCGGAGAGCUGCAGCCGCCCGAGGUCAGCGGCUGGGCGAAGGACGGCCCCGAGGCUUCUGGCCCGCAGCAGGAGCCGUUCGUGCAGCACCCAGCGGAGACUCCGAUCGAGGAGUUCACCCCGACUCCAGCCUUCCCAGCGCUCCAGUACCUGGAAUCCGUGGAUGUGGAGGGCGUGGCCUGGCGCGCAGGGCUGCGCACAGGAGACUUCCUGAUCGAGGUGAACGGUGUGAACGUGGUGAAGGUGGGCCACAAGCAGGUGGUGUCGCUCAUCCGCCAGGGGGGGAACCACCUGGUGAUGAAAGUGGUCUCCGUCAGCCGCAAGCCCGAGCCGGAGGACGCCGUCCGGAAGAAGGCGCCCCCUCCGCCCAAGCGGGCCCCCAGCACCACGCUGACGCUGCGCUCCAAGUCCAUGACGGCCGAGCUGGAGGAGCUGGAGAAGCUGGACGAGAUCUUGGCGGCCGCCGAGCCUUCGCUGAGAGCGGACCUGGCCGAGGCCGACUCCAGGGCAGCCACCGUGAAGCAGCGGCCGACCAGCCGGAGGAUUACCCCCGCGGAGAUCAGUUCACUGUUUGAGCGGCAGGGCAUGGCGGCGCAGGCCGACUCCGAGAAGCCCCACGUCUCCCUGCGCAAAGGAAUUCCGCGGACCAAAUCUGUAGGUGAGGACGAGAAGUUCGCCGCCUCCCUAAUGGACGGGAAGUUUCCCCGGAGCACGUCGAUGCAAGACACGGUCCGGGAAGGGCACGGCAUCCCGCCGCCGCCGCAGACGGCCCCGCCCCCGCCCCCCCCCCCGUACUACUUCGACACGGGCGCGCCCCCCUCCUUCUCGCCGCCGCCGCCGCCGGGGCGGGUCUACGACACGGCGCGGUCCAGCUUCAAGCCGGGCCUGGAGGCCAAGCUGCACGGGCUGCCGCAGGUGAUCAGCGCGGCCGAGCUGUACGACCAGGCGCGCGCCGGCGGCCCGGGCCCGGAGCGGCAGAAGCGCGCGCGCUCCAUGAUCAUCCUGCAGGACUCGCCGCACGCGCCCGCCGAGCCGGCCCGGCCCGGCCCCGCCGCCACCCCUCCGGAGAAGCUGAAGCGCAAGGGGCGCGCCGCCGACAACCCCUACGCCAACAUGGGCCCCUUCAGCGUGGGCCUCUUCGCGCCCGCCAAGCCGCAGCGCAAGAAGAGCCCGCUGGUGAAGCAGCUGCAGGUGGAGGACGCGCACGAGCGCGCCGCGCUGUCCGUGGCGGGCGCCUUCGCGCGGGAGCCCUCCCCGACGCGGCCCGGGCACCGCCUGGCCGGCGCCGAGCCGCCCGCGCCGCCGCCCGCCGGCGCCGCCAGCCUGCCCUUCCCCGCCGCCGUCUCCGGGGCCCUGAAGGAGCGCGAGCGGCGCCUGGACGAGAAGCGCAAGUCCACCGUCUUCCUCUCCGGCCCGGGCGCGGGCCCGGGCCAGGGCCAGGGCAGCUCGGAGGAGGAGGUGGAGCCCUUCGCCGUCACGCUGCCGCCCGCGCAGCUGUCCUCGAGCGACGAGGAGACGCGGGAGGAGCUGGCCAAGAUCGGCCUGGUGCCCCCGCCGGACCAGUUCGCCAACGGGGUCCUGGUGACCGCCCCGGGCACGCCCAUCAGCCAGCUGGCCGCCCCCGCCGUCGCCACGCCGUCCCUGCCAGCGGCAGCAGUAGCAGCUUCUACCACCGGUGGAACACCCUCAGGGAAGCCCUCGGACGCCCCCGCGGCCCCGGAGUCGGCCGCAGACUCCGGCGUGGAGGAGGUGGACACCCGGAGCUCGAGCGACCACCACCUGGAGACCACGAGCACCAUCUCCACCGUCUCCAGCAUGUCCACGCUGUCCUCGGAGAGCGGGGAGCCCACCGACACGUACACGUCCUUCGCCGACGGACAAACUUUUGUACUCGAGAAGCCACCAGUGCCUCCAAAGCCAAAACUCAAGUCCCAGCUCAGCAAGGGGCCGGUUACUUUCAGGGACCCUCUCUUGAAGCAGUCCUCGGACAGCGAGCUCCUCUCCCAGCAACACGCGGCCAUCCUGGCUUCCGCCAGCAUCGGCCGGCCACGCUACCUCUUCCAGCGCAGGUCCAAGCUGUGGGGGGACCCCCUGGACAGCAGGCCGAUCCACGGCCCCGAGGACGACAAGCCGACUGUGAUCAGCGAGCUGAGCUCCCGGCUGCAGCAGCUGAACAAGGACACGCGCUCCCUGGGGGAGGAGCCCGCGGGGGGCGCGCUGGACCCCGGGAAGAAGUCUCCGGUGGCCGCGGCCAGACUUUUCAGUAGUUUAGGCGAGCUGAGCACCAUUUCCCAGCGCAGCUCUGGCACCACCUACACCGUGCGCCCCGGCAGCCGCUACCCUGUGACCCGCCGCACCCCCAGCCCGGUGAAGCCCGCCCUGGACAGGACAGACCCGCUGAGCUCGGUGCGGCCCUACGCGCUCACCCCGCCCACCAUCCUCAAAUCUUCCAGCCUCUCCAUCCCGCACGAGCCCAAGGAGGUGCGCUUCGUGGUGCGCAGCGUGAGCGCCCGGAGCCGCUCGCCGUCGCCGUCGCCCUCGCCGGGGCCGCCCCUGCACCCGCCGCGGCCCUUCAUGCAGAAGCCGCUGCAGCUCUGGAACAAGUUCGACGUGGGCGACUGGCUGGAGAGCAUCAACCUGGCCGAGCACCGCGACAAGUUCGAGGACAACGAGAUCGAGGGCACGCACCUGCCGGCCCUCACCAAGGAGGACUUCGUGGAGCUGGGCGUGACGCGCGUCGGGCACCGCAUGAACAUCGAGCGCGCGCUCAAGCCGCUGGUGGACAGCUGA